AUGGACGACUCGAUCGUGUCAGAGAUGACUGAACCCACUGCGGAAACCUCCAAAGCUGGAUUGAGGCGAAUGCGUCGUCUGGCUCUAGAGUCGCCUACGCUCGGUUCAUCAUUGAGGGCAAGCAUACACCCAACUACAUCACAGCUUAUAUAUCCGUCGCCUGCAUCAUCUCGUAUUCAAGGAUUGCUUGCCUCUUCGUUAUUUUCAUCUUCUCAUCCUACAGUCGUAUCGACUCCUCCUGUCUUAACACCAGGUCGACACAUAUCUCACUCCCCAUCUGGCGAAUGGACCAUCAUCUUCCAUUCUAAUCCAUCUGAUAAUGGAAGUACUUUAGCCAUAUAUCCAUCAUCAAUCUCAUCUCCAUUAUCAACCUCUUCAAACGUUAUUCCCUUGGCAACCUUUUCUCUACCUUCUCCACCAAUCUCUGUCGCCCAUCUAUAUCCCCCUCGCAUACAACUAACUACAUCUCGCACGCCUCCUUGUGGACCUAGACCUCCUCCGAAUCAUGAUAUCUCUCACGGACCUACUUUUGUUGUUUUACUAGAAUCGGGAAUAUGGUAUUUCUAUGCUGUACCAGUACAAAAUGGACAAGUCACAAGUUGGAACAUGACUUUCCUUAGAGCUCCUCUGAGAAGUAGGUUUCAUGCUAUUGCAGGAUCUGAUGGACCUUCAGAAGAUGGCUUUAAAGUCAAAAGAGGUUGGUCAGGUCUGAUACCUGGAAAUGAGGGAAUAUGGAUAGGUUGGGAAGGUCUAGAUGAACUAGGUGUGACCAGGGUGGAGAUUGGAAAUGAUAAACAUGGGAGAUACUACAUGCAAACCAUUCCUAUGCCUACAGUACCCAGAGUGGAUAAGAUACCGUUUGCAGAUAGUGCAGCGGGAAUCAUCAAAGAGGAAUUGCAAGGAAUUUUCUUCACUGCUUUAAUCGAUAAGGAGAAGGUCAAGCAGGAGACAAAUGAAGUCAUCCAAGUGGAUGGAGAUAUCCACACAUCUUCUUCGGUGGAAAGGGUUGGAGCAGUUUUGGUAUACAAUGAUAGUGCUUUUCACUCCUCUUACUCGUUUUCAACCAGUAGAUCGCGUAUAGUGGUACACUCAUUCGAAAGACGAGAGAUUGAAUUGGCUCAAGGGUUCAAUGAUAUCACUUCUGGAAGCGGAGAUAUAACGCCUUCUUUUGACUGGUCUACUGUUCCAGAACCUAUACAUCAUCUCACGUCGCCCCCAAAUACAUCAAUCGUCGCUCUUCAACCUAUCCCUGCGGUGCCUCCUCAUUCGCUAGCUCUGGCUCUAAUUUCUCAACCUGUCGGCUUAUCUUUGGCUCAUCUCAAUCUGGUGACGGACCAAUGGACACUGUUAGGCGACACAGUUGAUCUGGGGGAAUUGAAAGGAGGGACAGGAGCAGAUCUUGAAAUCAGCCAAGGGGCGAGUCGAGGUCAAUUGGGUUUAGCUGCGUUGAUAGGAAAGGAAGGGGCACCUACUUUGCUUGUGGUCAAUAGGAUCGAAGGUCUACCGUCCCUUGGUGGAAUGAAUGAUGCUUCUGCAGUGGCCAGCCAAGCCGCCAUGUCCAUCGUUUUAGCUGAAAGGCAAGGUGUAGAUUGGUCAGAUGUCAUUCGCGCUGUAGUCGGCUCUACCGGAGUAGGAAGAUAUCAAGCCUUGAUCUCCGAGAUCGCAAAAACCACCUAUACACUCGCCUUGAAGGAGACGCAUAUCGAUGAAUUAAACCUUCUUCUGAAAACGCAGAUAGGCCUGUUUAGUGCGACUGAUGAUGCUCGGCUCGAACUGACUACUGAUAUACUCAGACUGAAGGAAGCAGGUCAUCUAAUUGACAGGUGUGCUAUCUUCACGGAAGACAAGACGAUAUCAUUUGAUCUAGAUUCCAUUUGGCCUCUGAUGAAUGUAAUGGAAUGGUCAAUAGAUCUCGUUUCAAAAGCAAUGCGGGACACUGUUUUACUGGGAGGUCAAAUGGAAUGGUUAUCAGUUGAUCAAAUAGAUUUCAAUCAACCUUCCUCCAUUAUCCUUCUCGCUCAUCCGUAUCUACGUAAAAUCGUCCUUCGAAUUUUAUCACAAUUGAAUCAACUUGUAUCAUUUCUCCAUUCCCUCGAAAGACCGAUUUUACAACCUGAAACAAAAAAUGUACCUGCUCCAAUCAGAAGAGAUGCAAUGGCUACCGUUUUGGCAAAAGAUAGGGUUAGAGAUGUAGCUUAUAGAGAAGGAAUAGAUGUUUUAGAUUGGGGAAAAAGUUUGGAAUCUAUUUCGCCAAGAGACAUAUCAGAAGAUUCAAUCAAUGAGUCUUUAAUCAAAUUAUCACUUGAACCACUUCGAUCCAAUUUAAUAGAUAUAAUAGAAUCAUUACCUUUUUCAUCAUCCUUAUUCUUAUCCUCUACGCAAUCAGAUUUAUCUCCCCAAUUAUCAUAUGACGCAAUUACCUAUUCUCCACUCACCACAUCAUCAACAUCCAGAAAUGGAACAAAUAUCGUUUGUGGAAGAUGUGGAAACGCGACUGAAGAAUUGGGAAAUCUAUUUAACGUUCCUAUGUUGGGUGAAUUAUCACCUUGGAAUAAAUGGAAAUCAAAUUAUAAACAUAAUUGUGUAUGUGGGGGUACUUGGAUUAAAGGAUCCGUGUCAAAGGCGUAG